AUAUAAAGCAAUAGAUACUUUGUCACAAAUAUAAAGCAACAGAUAUUUUGAACUUCCAAGUUUCUUCUUUGCUAACACAGCAAAAACAAAUCUUGUGCAACUCUGUUACAUCACAUACAUCAUAAAUACAUACAUGAGUUCACAUAUUCAUGCAUAAAUUUACUGUACUUCUGUUUUCUUUAAGAAAAUGAGAAAUGUUUAACAAAAUAAAAAUAUUGGUAAUUGGACCAAAACAGAGUGGUAAAACAUUUUUGUCAAACUUUAUUGCUGAUGCAACUGAAUCUACAAGUGGCGAGUAUAGAUCAACAAAAGGUGUCAGGAUAUUAGAAUUUGAGGUAGAAGGUGUAGAUAUUGGUGGAAAUCACACUGUCAAUUUAGAAGUGGAGUUGUGGGAUUGCAGUGGUGAUCAAAGAUAUGAAGGAUGUUGGCCAGCAUUGCAAAAAGGUGCCAAUGGAUUGAUAUUUGUUUACAAUCCUGAUGUAACUGCUCAUGAAAAAGAAUUAGAAAGUUGGUAUCUUCACUUUUCAAAGCAACAAGGUAUAAAAGAUCAGCAGUGCAUCGUUUUUGCCCACUCAAAGUCUGGUAAUUCGGGAUCUUCACUUGUUAAGCUGAAUGGAAACUUAGGACGAGUUUCAUUAGUAAAUACAAACUUUGAAGAAGAUUCUGAAGGCAUUAAAAAUGCUUUUAAGAAAUUUUUAAGUUAUGUUUUGUCGCACGUAAACGACAGCAGAGACCAAGAAGAACUUAGCAUUAUUGAAUAACUUAUAUUUGCUGAAUCAAUAGUAACAUUCUUAUUUGUAUAAAAUAGGUCACGUGGA